AUGGCGAGCGAGCUGAUCAACCGGCGACACGAGGCGGACCAACCCGCCGCCGAUGCUUACUACCCGAAACCUAUCAAACCGUGGUUCUUCGUGACUCGGCCGAUGCGUUACAUGCUCCGAGAACAGAGGCUUCUCUUUGUUCUCGUCGGCAUUGCAAUCGCCACAUUGGUUUUCACAGUUUUCCCUCGCUCCACCCAAUCAAUCGCCUACUCGGAUCCGUUUUCCGGUUACGGAAUCAGGCCCGACGAAUCGUACCUCCCGGCGGUCCAGGCCCAGAGGAAGCCUAGCGUCGAGUACCUGAGCCGGAUCGGAGCGACAGGCGGGAAAAUCCCACUCGGAUUGAAACGCAAAGGGCUACGAGUCGUGGUGACUGGUGGUGCCGGAUUCGUCGGAUCGCAUCUGGUGGAUCGUCUGAUGGAAAGAGGAGACACCGUGAUCGUCGUCGACAAUUUCUUCACGGGUCGCAAGGAGAACGUGAUGCACCAUUUCAGUAACCCUAAUUUCGAGCUCAUCCGUCACGAUGUCGUCGAGCCGAUCCUUCUCGAGGUGGACCAGAUCUAUCACUUGGCAUGCCCUGCCUCCCCUGUCCACUACAAAUUCAACCCCGUCAAGACUAUCAUAUCCUUUUCAAUUUUUACGAAUGUGGUUGGAACGUUGAACAUGCUUGGUUUGGCGAAGCGAGUCGGUGCCAGGUUUCUGCUGACGAGCACCAGUGAGGUUUACGGUGAUCCUCUGCAGCAUCCUCAGGUCGAGACUUACUGGGGCAACGUUAAUCCCAUCGGUGUUCGUAGUUGCUACGACGAAGGAAAGCGUACGGCCGAGACGCUGACAAUGGACUAUCACAGAGGUGCCAAUGUUGAGGUCAGGAUUGCUAGGAUCUUUAACACCUACGGUCCAAGAAUGUGUAUAGACGAUGGGCGUGUGGUCAGCAAUUUCGUUGCGCAGGCACUAAGGAAAGAACCAUUGACUGUUUAUGGUGAUGGGAAGCAGACAAGGAGUUUCCAGUUUGUUUCUGAUCUGGUCGAAGGUUUGAUGAGAUUGAUGGAAGGAGAACAUGUCGGGCCAUUUAACCUUGGUAACCCUGGUGAAUUCACCAUGCUCGAGCUCGCUAAGGUGGUUCAAGAGACGAUUGAUCCAAACGCAAACAUAGAGUUUAGACCAAACACAGAAGAUGACCCUCACAAGAGAAAGCCUGACAUCACAAAGGCCAAGGAGCUUCUCGGUUGGGAACCAAAGGUGUCUCUUCGUCAGGGACUCCCUCUCAUGGUCAAAGACUUCCGUCAACGUGUAUUUGGUGACCAGAAGGAAGGCUCCUCCAUGGCUGCAGCCACCACCAAAACAACCUCAGCUUGA